AUUUAGGAAAACAAAUGGAUAUGCUAAUUUGCAGUUACCACUUAAAAACCGUAACCAAGUUCCAUAGUCUCAAAUUCUCAGUUGAGCUUCCAAUUCCAUGGCGUUUUGGCGCCUCAUCCUUUCCAAAACCCCAAACCCUAAACCCUCACCUCACCUCCCAAACCUUAACCACUCGCAGCCCUCACUCCUCCUCCACCAAACCUCGCCGUUCUCCACCUCCUUCCUCAUCACCAAAACCCCCAAAAAAUUCAGAAAAAAACGCAAGAAGGACGAAAGCCCUCGGACCAAGCUAGUCCAGACCCAACCCAACCUCAUCCCCCACUUCGAACACAUCGUCGAGCGCGACGCCUACUUUCGAUUCCUCACCAAAUCCAAAGAUUUCCUCUCCAAGCAGCCCCACCGCGUCCUCCGCCUCGAGGACGCCGGCAAGCUCUACCGCGAACUCGGCUUCCCCCGCGGCCGAAAAGUCGCCCGCUCCCUCCAGCGCCACCCCCUCAUCUUCCAGACCUACCGCCACGAUGACAAUAAAAUGUGGAUCGGCUUCACCGACUUCAUGGAAGCUCUGCUCGAAGAGGAGCGAGUCAUAAUCGACUCAAUGGAGUUGGACCGAGUCAACAACGUUCGUAAAUUGCUCAUGAUGUCCGCCAACAAGCGUAUCCCUCUGAGUAAAAUCUACCAUUGCAGGUCGAUUUUCGGAAUUCCUGAAGAUUUUAGGGACAGGGUUUCGAAAUACCCUAAUUUUUUCAGGAUUGUGGUUGAGGAGGAUGGGAAGAGAGUGCUUGAACUGGUGAAUUGGGAUCCGUUGAUGGCGGUGAGCGCGAUGGAGAGGGAGUUCAUGGUGGAUGAGGAGAGAGUGAAGAGGGCUUUUCGGUUUCCAGUGAAGCAUGGGAAGGAUUUGGGUCUGGAGAUAGAGGAUGAGAGGAAAUUGAACAUGUUGAACUCACUUCCACUGGUUUCGCCAUAUUCGGAUGGAUCAAGAUUGGACCUUUGGACUCUGGAAGCCGAGAAGUACAGGGUAGGAGUGUUGCAUGAGUUUUUGAGCUUGACAUUGGAGAAGAGGGCUUCCAUACACCAUGUUGUGGAGUUCAAGGAGGAGUUUAGCUUGACUAAGCAUACUUAUCAGAUGCUUUUGAAGCAGCCCAGAACGUUUUAUCUUGCUGGGACGGAGAUGAAUUGGGUUGUUUUUCUGAAAGAUGCUUAUGACCUAGAUGGGGUUUUGAUUGAGAAGGAUCCCCAGGUGGUGUUCAAUGAGAAGUUGUAUAAGCAUGCUGAUAUGAAGGAAAUGGGACAGGGCUGUGUUGAUCAAUGAAAUGAUAAAGAGGUUUAAGAAAAACUUGAGUUCUUUUCUUGAGCUUCAAGGAAAAUUGGGCUACAACGAAAUCGGCAAUGCAUCAUAGAUAGCUUGGCUAGCCUUCCUUGACAGGAUUUUCGAGGUUUUUGAAGUCAUAAGAGAAAUCAUGUGAUGUAACCUUGGGGCACUAUUUGGAAAUUUGGAUUAUUUAUCCCCAUUGAUAAUCCAUAUAUUGGUAUCCUUGGCAGAUAGUGUUUUAGCGCAGUGGCGGAAAGCAAUAACGCCUAUGCAAUCCGGUGUGGGUUUGAUCCCCAACGAUCUCCCUCCCACCUAACAUUUAACAAUUUAACCACUCAUGCUAUCAUUUGUCA